UUCUCAAACUAAGACAAUCGUUUACUGCCCAUCAUGAAGUUCAGCCUCACUUUCGCGGGCCUCGUUGGCCUUGCCGCUGCCUCGCCCUUCACAGAGCAUGAUACCUCUGGUGGUCUCAUGCGCCGAAAUGGAAAGUGCAACUGGAAGGACCAGCACUGCUGCGCUAUCCCUGACAAGUACAAGUACACUUCCCCCUCCGACUCAAGGAACUACUACGGUUAUGGCCGUACUAUCUACGUCAAGUCCGGCAAGAAGAUCCAAGAAGCUAUCAAGAAAGCCUCCCCCGGUGAUCGCAUCAUCGUUGAGGCCGGUACCUAUCCUGAGCAAUUGGUCAUUGACAAGGACGGUAUCCAGCUUGAGGGUCGUGGUGCAGUCCUCACCAAGCCUUCGACAUACAAGCGCAAUGCAUGCACUGGUUUGACUCAAGAUACGAACAAGAACGAGCUACAGGCUGGUAUCUGUAUUACUGGCUACAAGGUCCAGACAACCGACUACAAGACUGAGCAUAAGCGAGUCACCUCUGUCAAGAGAUUCGUCAAGGGAGUUUCGGUAACUGGCUUCAGUGUUCAAGGUUUCUCUGGCAUCAACAUCGCCAUCGUCGGCGCUAAGAACACUCGCAUCACCAAGAACAAGCUCACUGAUGGUGGUGCUUAUGGUGCUCUCACCCUUGGUUCUGUCAACACCGUCUUCCGUGAGAACACUGUCACAGCCACUUCUGGUGGCCCCACCGGUAUCUGCCAGGAUAACCUUUCCGAUGUGCACACUGUGAAGAAUGACGUCUCUGCUCACGGCAUCGGCGUCUGCGUUCAGACCAACGGUGCAGUUAUUGAAUACAACAAGCUUCACGACAACUGCGUCGGUAUCUUUGUCGACUCUGGCGUGAAAGAUGCCAAGAUUGUGCACAACUACAUUGGCCCAACUCCUCCCCCUUGCGGCAAGAAUUCUUUGGGUAUUAUUCUCGGCAGCGCUGUCGGAAUUCUUGUUCGCGACAACACCAUUGAGGGACAGCGUGGUACCGAUUCUGCAGGAAUCGGUAUUCUCAUCUACGACGAUGCUUGUGCUGCUACUCCCGAACAACCUCUUUCUCUUGCUUGUAUUACUCUCGGCGGCAAAGCUCCUAAGUCCAACCAUAACAUUGUUAUCCGAAACACCCUGAAGAACAACGACAACGAUAUCCUGAACCUGAGCAAGGGAGCUGGCAAUGUUAUCAAGUGCAACACUUGCUCGAACCCUGCCAACAUCCAGGCCGGACAGUGCAAGAAGCCUUAAAGGGUUUUGAUUUAUCUGGUCGUUGGUGGUGCUGAUGUCGUAUUGCGAUGAUUACACGAUGAACGAUGAACUUUUGCAAGCAAAGCGUGAAGAAGGGGGGUAAUGGGUAGUGUGUUAGGUCAUUGCUUGAAACUAAUGGGGUGUAAUUCGGUUGAACAUGUAUUCUAUCUUCAAUGAAACUUACUUCAUGUCUUGUGACAUA